UUCUUCUUCAAAGCUCCUCGUGUUUAUCAACCUUUAAUUCAAUCCUGAAGGGAAAAAAAAAUUCAAAUAAACAAAGUAAUUUUAUCCUCGAGGAAAUCCGUAUCAUUUUCUCGAGAAAAUCGAAUACUAUGAAACUACCAAAACUCUCGAUCCUGUUUCUGCUCCUUUUGAUUAUUAUACAAACAAAGGCGGCGUUGGGGGUUAAAGCUCAAUCUUCAUCGAAAGAAGCUUAUGUGACGCUGCUGUACGGAGAUGAGUUCCUCUUAGGGGUUAGGGUUUUAGGGAAAUCGAUAAGGGACACUGGAUCAACUAGAGACAUGGUCGUUUUGGUCUCUGAUGGCGUCUCUGAUUAUGCUAAAAAGCUUCUAAAGGCUGAUGGAUGGAUGGUGGAGAUGAUAAGCUUAUUGGCAAAUCCGAAUCAAGUUCGGCCGAAGAGAUUUUGGGGUGUUUACACCAAAUUGAAAAUUUUUAAUAUGACUAACUACAAGAAAGUUGUGUAUCUUGAUGCGGAUACUAUAGUAGUCAAGAGCAUUGAAGAUCUCUUUAAAUGUCAGAAAUUUUGUGCAAAUUUGAAGCAUUCUGAGAGGUUGAAUUCAGGAGUCAUGGUAGUGGAACCAUCUGAAGCUGUUUUCAAUGACAUGAUGAGCAAAGUCAAUACUUUGCCUUCUUAUACUGGAGGAGAUCAGGGUUUUCUGAAUUCUUACUACUCUGAUUUCCCAAAUGCACAUGUUUUUGACCCUAAUAUACCCGAGGAGGUGCUGAAAUCCCGUCCUGCUCCUGAGAUGGAACGACUCUCUACUCUAUACAAUGCAGAUGUUGGUCUUUACAUGCUUGCCAACAAGUGGAUGGUAGAUGAGAGUGAACUUCGUGUAAUUCACUAUACACUUGGCCCCCUUAAACCUUGGGAUUGGUGGACAUCUUGGCUCUUGAAACCGGUCGAUGUCUGGCAGAAUGUUAGGGAACAGCUUAAAGAGUCCCUUCCUGGAACUGGGGGAGGCAAAAAUCCAAAUGAUGAGCUUCUAGUCAAAUUCCUUUUCCUCUUACCUUUCUGUGCUUUACUUUUUUGUUUCUAUCGUUCUUUCAUUCAGACAGGGGGUUCAGUUUGCAGAACUUCAUUAUGCAAUCAGGUCAGACACUUCUACCACAUAAUUAGGUCGAGUGGGACAGUUGCUUACACUAGUGUUUCUUCAUCUUCUACCAUUAACGCAAACAGUCAGUUUCCUAACAGUGCACAGAACAAGGUGCCUGCAUACUUGGGUGCAAUUUCAGUUUUCGUAUGCUUUAUGGCUGCUGUGGUGUCCCUUGGAAUUUCUAUUUCAAUUGUGCCUCGACAAUUGAUGCCAUGGACUGGUUUGCUCUUGAUGUAUGAGUGGACGUUUUCAAUCUUCUUUCUUUCAUUCGGAGCAUUUCUUCAUUUGAUUUAUCUGUGGGGAAAAAGAGAACCAGGGCCAGUUUCCUCUCGUAUGGAUCCUAUUGAUUCGGAUUCUAGAAAAGGUUAUCGACAGGCAUCCUCUUGCGAUAUUGUUACUUGGUAUUAUGGGUUGGGGAUGGCUUUUUUGGCUAUCGCAGCCCCAUCCUUACCAUGUAUUUUUGGGAUCACCGCUCUGUUCAUGAGGUUGGGUCUGAUGGUCGUUGGAGGGCUUAUAUUAGCGGCAUUCAUGACAUAUGCUUCGGAACAUCUAGCGAUUAGGUCAUUCUUGAAAGGUCUUGAAGACCGGAACACCACUCGGUCGAGGAGUGCAUGUUUCUUAUGUUGAAAGAAAACUUCCAAAAUGAUCGUGACACUUACCAGCACUGCAUUUUUCCUUCAAAUUUGUGUUCUAUUUAACAUUUAAUCACAACAGUUGAUCUGUAAAAUAUUGCAGUCAAUUUUGGCUAAUUAGAAAUGUAAUUUUUUUUUUCCAUUAGGCGUCUUUUUGCGACUUUGUUGUGAAAAAUACUCAGUUUCCCAUAUAAUACCACCAUAAUUCACAUA